UGUAAACAACAUAUAGCCACGGUAUGCACGAGCCGGUUUCUGCGUUUGAUUUGUCGCGAAAAAUCCGUUUUUUAAUUGUUCCAAUAUCCUGAAUGAAAUGUUCUUGCUAGCAGAAUUAAAGGAUACAGUGAGAAUUGCCCCGGAAUUAUUCAACAUUAAAUUGCCGGAGGCAAUUAAGGAUGAGGUCAAUAGAAAACUGGCCAAUAAAGUGCUUCUGAACGUAGGUUUGUGCAUUGCCCUGAAAGAUAUUGUGAAGCUAGGAGAUUCAAUUAUCUUACCUGGAGAUGGUGCGUCUCACACGGAAGUUAUCUUCCGCUACAUCGUUUUUCGACCAAUGAUUGGUGACAUCAUAACAGGCAAGAUUAGAAGCUGUAGCCAUGAAGGCGUGCACGUUACGUUGGGAUUUUUCGAUGAUAUACUCAUUCCUCCCUCGGCUUUACAACAUCCGUCCCGGUUUGAAGAAGCUGAACAGGCUUGGGUGUGGGAAUAUCCGCUGGAAGAUGGUAAAAAACACGAUCUUUAUAUGGACAUUGGAGAAAACAUAAAAUUUCGUGUAUCCGGGGAGUUAUUCGAAGAAAGUUCACCAAUUGGACCACCAGAUCAAGAAAUGCCAAGUACAAGCACAGUGUCGAAAGACACGAGUAAAACACCGUAUCGAAUUACGGCUGCUAUCAACGAGUCUGGUUUAGGAUUGAUUUCCUGGUGGGUUACCCAGACACAGGAGGAAGAUUGUGAGGACGAACAGGAAGAGGAAGAUGAAAUGGCGGAGGAAGACGAAUAAAACACUGGUGUUUUUCACGUCGGCUUUUUCAUCUCGUAAAUUUAUUUCUUUAUCAUGUUAUAGUUAUUGUAAUAUAGUGCUAUUUAUUACAUUUCUUGGAAACAUAC